UUCUAGAAAGUGAAAAGAUAGUAAAAUAUUUGUUGAAAGUAUUAAGUAAUGAAGACUCUGAUAAAUUUAAUUGUAGUAUGAAUUUGUUCAAAUGGCAUUGGUAUACAAACUUUAGAGAUCUUAAUAAUAGAAUUCUUAAAUGGUACUGGAAGCCUGCUUCAAAUAGUAAUUCAAAUAUACAACUUGAUAUUGAAAGUAGUGAUUGA